CCGGACGAGGGGGCUGCCGGAGGUGGUGCCUGGGUUUCGGAGACUCUCCGGGAAGAGACCGACCGCUAAAGAGCGAAGGCAAAGGAAUCAUGCUGCUGGCUUCCGCCGUGGUGGUUUGGGAAUGGCUGAACGAGCACGGUCGAUGGAGACCCUACAGUCCGGCCGUGAGCCACCACAUCGAAGCAGUGAUCAGAGCCGGGCCGAGAGUUGGGGGCAGCGUCGUUCUGGGCCAGGUGGACAAUAGGCUGUCGCCUUAUAUCAUCGACCUCCAGUCUAUGCACCAGUUCCGCCAAGACACGGGGACCAUCCGCCCAGUGCGGCGGAGCUAUUAUGACCCCUCCUCAGCCCCAGGCAAGGGUGUGGUAUGGGAGUGGGAGAACGACAACGGCACCUGGACCCCUUACGACAUGGAGGUGGGCAUUACCAUCCAACAUGCCUAUGAGAAGCAGCACCCCUGGAUUGAUCUCACUUCCAUUGGCUUCUGCUACAUCAUUGACUUCAGCACGAUGGGGCAGAUCAACCGCCAGACCCAGCGCAAGCGCCGGGUCCGUCGCCGCCUUGACAUGGUCUACCCGCUGGUCACAGGCACCUUGCCCAAAUCUCAGUCGUGGCCAGCAAGCCCCGGUGCAGCCAAUGUGCCUCCUGCUCCUGCUUGUACUUGUCCACAAUGCCUUCUUGUCAUGAGCAUAAAGGCAACAGUGGCAGCUGGGAGCAAUGGAGGAAUGGGAGCGGCAGCUAGCCAGCAGCCUCAGCCUCCACUGCCAUGUAAAGCGGUCUCCCUUUCUGGCAGCGCCAAAAUCCCCACGCCGGCAUCGGUUCACAAACCACAAGAUGGAACAGCCACCAUGCGUAGCUCUCUGAAGACCCUCACGUCCCAAGUGAGCCGAAGGCAGGCAGUUAGCACACCUGCCCUCACCACAAGCAACUCCCCUGCCAGUCCUCCUAAUGCCAACGGCAAAGUGACACACACCAGCCUUAAUACAUUGAACCGAACCAAUCUGCAGCGCCUGGCCAUCGCACAGUCCCGUGUGCUCAUCGCCUCAGGAGUCCCUACAGUUCCUGUUAAAAACCUCAAUGGCUCAAGCCCAGUCAAUCCUGCCCUAGCAGGAAUCACGGGGAUACUUAUGAGUGCUGCAGGGCUCCCUGUCUGCCUAACUCGACCUCCAAAACUGGUUCUGCACCCGCCUCCAGUCAGCAAGAGUGACAUUAAAUCCAUCCCUGGCAUCUCCAAUACCUGCCGUAAGACUACCAAAAAGCAGACCAAGAAAGGUAAAACUACAGAGGAAGUUUUGAAAAAAUACCUGCAGAAGGUACGCCAUCCUCCAGAUGAGGACUGUACCAUCUGCAUGGAACGCCUCUCUGUUCCCUCAGGCUAUAAAGGACCUCAGCCAGUCGUCAAGCCAGAAUUGGUGGGCAAACUGUCCAAAUGUGGCCACAUGUAUCAUCUCCACUGCCUUGUGGCCAUGUAUAACAAUGGCAAUAAGGAUGGGAGCUUGCAGUGUCCAACCUGCAAAACCAUAUAUGGGGUGAAGACUGGCACCCAGCCUCCUGGAAAAAUGGAAUAUCACCUCAUCCCCCAUUCACUGCCAGGACACCUUGACUGUAAAACUAUCCGAAUAAUCUACAACAUUCCACCAGGAAUACAGGGACCAGAACAUCCAAGUCCUGGGAAGAGUUUCACUGCCCGGGGUUUCCCUCGACAUUGCUACCUCCCAGACAGUGAAAGAGGCAGAAAGGUGCUGAAACUGCUGUUGGUGGCCUGGGAUCGGAGGUUGAUCUUUGCCAUAGGCACUUCAAGCACCACUGGGGAAUCGGAUACAGUCAUCUGGAAUGAGAUUCACCACAAGACGGAAUUUGGGUCCAAUCUCACAGGCCACGGCUACCCUGAUCCCAACUAUCUAGACAAUGUACUUACUGAGCUGACAGCUCAGGGAAUAACAGAGGAGAGUGUGAUGCAGGAGAAGGACUGAAAGUGUAAGAGGAAAGGGGAAGGACUUUGUCCAAGGGAGGAGUGACAAGUAUAGCAGCGUGUGCAUGGAACAAGCUCCCCCCUCUUCCAUUGUGCCUGCUCUGUCCUCUCACCCUCCUACCGUAGGCCUCUUAAAAGGCUCAGCUGUGGUUAGGCAGCUGUGGGCUUGCUUAAAUGAGGAACUCCCAGCCGGUUUUCAUAUGUGGCCCACAGCACCUGAUGUAUAAAAAGCAAACAAACCUGGGAAGGUUUGUGUGUUCCUCUUCAGCAUGAGGAGGAGUGUCCUGUUGAGGCCUGAGGUUAUAUUAACCUCAGUACCCAUAGCUACUUUAGCUUUGUAUCUCAAAAACUGGGCUUGGGCCCUCUCUGGGAUGCAGUCCCAUCUUCUGUCCAUGAACAAUAAGGGAUGGCUUUGGGCAACGGGCAGCUUGGAAUGGCAGAAUCAUGUGCAAGUCAAAAAAUACGGCUUUGUUUCAGAGGUACAGAAGAUGGAAACCAGCCCCCUCGUUGUCGUUCCCUCCCCCCUUUCUUUCUUAUCCAGCUAGGUGCCUGGUUCCAUGUUGUCAUGUCCCUGCUGCUUUUGUGUCAUGGGCUCAAUGUGAGUCAUGAUAUACGCUGUCUGCCGGUCUGGUACUUCACUCCCUGCCAGCUUCCUUUUUUUGAGAGGCUGCAUCUGUAGUUCCCACCCAAGGUAGUUGAGCAGGAGGCCUGCGUAUUGCUCCUUAGGGAACUAGAUUGGAAAUUUGUUCUCUUGAAUGCAUUCCAAACUGGGUCAAGGCAUGCCAAAUCUCUGCGGCCCACUUAGGGUGGAUGAGAGCAGAAUGAAUUAAUUGCGGCUCGUAUUUGAUCUGAAUGUGAAAUAGGGGCAAUAAAUCUCUUUGGACCUGCCUGUCUCCAAAGCCAAGCCUUGUUUUUGCUCUUGUAGCUGGGGGUGUGCCGGAUCAAGUUGGGCUUUGGUUGAAGUGCAGACUAGCCCUCUGGGUCAGAUCACAUCAACUGACUUCCCAGAUCAAUGCUGAGCUGUGUGUCCCAGUUUUGUUUAUGAAUUGCAUCAUUGGGGAGGCUGCUCUACGUCUAAUCUGUUUCUGUUGGGGGUUAGAAUCAACAGGGAUCAGGGGGCUGGUGAGGGAAAGACACUUCCCUCACUUUUCCCCACAGUUCAUGGUGGGUUCUUUGAACUUUCUGUAUGGGGGAGUCCCCGGAAACCGAUUUGAAUUUAUUUACCUCUUGUUUGGGGGAUUUGUCACAUAUAUUGUGUGUGGGUGUACGUAUGUAUGUAUUUGUAAUGAAUGAGAAAGAGACUUUGAGGGUAGAAUGUGUAACACAAUGGUACUUAAAGUUAGACCUGGAGGCUAAGAACUGUCAUUGAUUGCCGUGGUAUUAAAAUAAGAUUUCCCCACACACAUACACACACAAACACACACCAUUUUGAAAGGGCUAGGCCAGGAUUAAAACCAUGAGUCUGGUGAUUGGGGCAGACAGGAUAUGAAUACAAUUAUCAAUAGAUCUAUGUUGUACACCUACGUAUAUUUGAUUUGCAUAUUCCUCACUCAUCACUUGAGACUUUCAAGAAGAGAUUGGACUGCCAUUUGUCAGAAAUGGUGUAGGGUCUCCUGCUUAGGUGGGGGGGUGUGUGGACUAGAUGACGUACAAGGUCCCUUCCAACUCUAAUUAUCUGUUAUCUGUUAUCCUCACCUCUUUCAUUUCCAUUAGUCUUGAGGCACUAUAAAGAUCUCAACAAGUGAAGUAGGUUCAAGUGAGAGUAUAAAAGAAAUGAGCAUUUUGGUGGAGCUGACCAUAUGCUUAUCCACAUGGGUAACAGUAGAUACACACACACACACACACACACACACACACACACACACACAUAAGAGGAAGAGCACAGAGGUCGCACAAGGCUAAGACUGCAGCGUGUAACUAUUCAGGAGCUCCCAAAGUUCUCAUUUUUAUUGGUAUUUCUUUCCAAGAAGAUGGAAACAUGCUCAUAGGCUUGAUUUCUUUAGAAAAGUUAAACUAUGUAUCAGUCUCCUCUUUUUGGAUACCCUGAUAUAGAAGUUAAAACAAUAUCCUGCUAGCUCUUUUCCUAGUUCUCUUCUCCUAACAUUAAAUUCUUAAAUCUUCACCAUAGUAAUAGUAAAAAAGGGCUAUCAAUGGUUCUGAAGUGUCCAUCAUAAAACUGAAAUCCCUUUUGCAGUGAAUAAAUCAAUAGAGCAUUUCCCAGCUGGGUUUGCGGUUUCAAGCAUCUUGUCUUAGUAGACGAGAAUAACAAAUUUCCCUUUCAAGGUUUCUUAAUACCACCUCUCCCUUGUACCAUAUUUCCUCUAUAACCAUGGCAUUCCCUCAUAUGCAACUUAAUCUCCAAGAUAAGGGAAAGGGCUGGGAAGAUCACUUUCUUGCCAUCAGCAUCUCCCAAUGGAAGGGGGUCAAUUUGCUUUUUUCUUUUGUAUUGUUUGGGCGGAUUGGUUUCUUCUUUCAACUCUCCAGAUUUUCUUUAAAUUGCAUUGUAGAGUAUAAGCAACUUGAUGAACGAGUCUUAUCAGGAAUGAUAAGUUUUUGGUUUCCGAAUUUUGGGUCCCAAAGCAGAUUGUGUGGGCGCUGGUAGUGGGAUAGGGAGCGGGAGGGUGGGAUAUGGGAGCCAUAUUGUAUAUUGUUUGUUGUUUGUGAACGGUGCGUUUUGCCCGUCUCUUAGUUCGUUGCCUUGCUUGAGGAUGGCACCCUUGGGGUGUAACAAUAAAAGGAAAAUUCCACUGCCAGUUUGAAUCAUGUGUUGUGUUUGUCUUUUCUAAGUCUGUGCUUCUGUCUGUUGCUUAUAUCUUUUUGUUUCAAAAGUGAUCAUGUACAGUUUACUUACCUGGAGAGCCGGUAAGGGGAGAGGGCUGAGGGGAGUAUUUUUUCAAUCACAAUAAAUGUUGGAGAAUCAGUUCAACAGAAAUGAACAGAAUUUGUUCACUACAAUGGAGUAGUCCUAAAUUAUGUAGUAGUAUAUAAUCAUUUAGAGACAAAUCGAAGUGUCCCUCUACCAUGUAAGAAAAUGAUGUGAAUG